UUGGAAACCUCGAUGAAUUAUUUAUUUUUUGUACCUCAUAUUCUUCAAGUCGACUAACAAAAAUACUCAAAUAUGGGCUUUGAUAUUAACUACAUUAUCGGCAAUGUCGACGAGGAGCUCAUCUGUCCGAUUUGUACGGAUGUGCUGGAGGAGCCUUUGCAGUCGCUGCACUGUGAGCACGCCUUCUGCAAGGACUGCAUUGAGCAGUGGAUGAAGCAGAAGACGCUGUGCCCCGUGGACCGUUCGGAGCUGUUGCCGAGCCACCUGGCGCCGGCUUCGCGCCUCAUGCGGAACAUGCUAGGGCGCCUGAAGAUCAAGUGCCCCUACUCGGUGCACGAAUGUCCGUCGGAGAUGUCGCUGGCCGAGUAUCGCGCCCACGUGGACACCUGCCAGUACAAUCCCAAGGUCAUAGUCGAGUGCAAGAGCUGCUUGAUGAAGGUGCCCAAGGACGAGCUGGCCGAUCACAGCUGCAUCCAAGAGCUGCGGAAUCUGGUGCAGAGCCAGGCGAAGGAGCUAGCCGUGCUCAAGGACACCCAGUUGAGUCACGAGCAGCGCAUCGGAGCCCAGUGCCGCGAGCUGGAGCUGCUGCAGUUCUACAUAGCAGCAAUGCGCUCCACCAGUCCCGUGAUGGGCAGCGUCGGGGACCAACUCGACCACUAUGCGCUGUCCCACUGGAGCGCCAGACUGCCGCAGGCGCGGGUAAGCAACUGGGGCAGUGUCGUCUCCACGCCAGACAACCACAUGCACCUGAUGGUCAGGGACAGUCUGCGGGCCAGCGGCUGUCCCAUGCACUUGCUCAAUGUGAUGGUGGAGCAGUGCCACGAGCAGCGCUGGCCCGCCGCCAUGGCCACCUUGGAGAGUCGCAACGGCAAUCAUAAUCAAAUGUCACAAUUUGUGAUCAGACUGAUCAAGCCCCUAGCCACGGGAAGGCCCUGCCUGUGCAUCUUCGGCGUCGACAACUACCACAUGCCGGACAACCUGCGCCCCAUGCUGGCCAUUACCAUGAUAUUCGUUGAAAGCGUGGAGGAGACCUCAGAGGAUAUGUUCUCUCCGUUUGAAGUGCUGCUCAAUUGACACUCGUUCUUCCCGACAAUUACGCGGCAAUUAGACGAGCACUCACUGAACACUGAACACUCUGGCGUAUG